AUGUCAUCGUCCUACGGUCUAGUCAGUUUAUUACUGGCUGUGGCCAUUUGCUUCGCCGAUGUCGUUGUGUAUCUGACUGCAAGUGAGCUGACACCGAAACAAAUGUACACUGGGUUCUUCGCGGAGCAACAAGGCUAUGGAGAGAAAGAAGUCUUGACAAUACUUGAUAAAGAGCUGGAAUCCAUGGCGUCCAGUGAACUCUAUCAGUACUUUGGGACUAAGGACUUAUUAUGGUUUGACUACGACCAAGAGAAUCGGGAUUUACAUGGAGUUCUCGGCCUGAUGCUUGACGGUGAUCCAACCUACAUAACCAGAACUUGGAUGUCCAACAAGCACUUCCGUAUUUUGGACAUGCUUAGGGCCUUCGGAGCAACGACCUCAAGCUGUCCACUGGCUAUCAAAGUGAAAGGCCAGACUUCCGGAAAAUGCACAGGAAGUGAAGCGACUGUCGUGGUUGAUUUGGAGACAAGUAAAACUGCAGAUCUGACUCCGGAUACUUCCGAUUUUGCGGACGCACAAGCAGCACUGGUAGCCGCGAUCACAGAUAAAAGCAACAGCAUGACUGGGGAAAUUACAGUUCACCAUUUUGUGGGAUUCGGUAGCGCAGGAAAGAAAUCUGGCAGUGCCACAGCUUGUGUCAACGUUGGCAAUGGAUAUAAGAUCAAUCCAUACAAGAAACAGUUUGAUACCAUUAAGAAACUGAAGAGAGCGUACACAGAUCAGUGCUCCGUAAACAUUGCAUGGAUCAGCGGACCAGGUUACGUGGCGGUGGCUUCUGCAAAAAUGCCUAGCGGAAAGAGCGCAUUGGCAGCAUUUAUGCAGACUCAGGUUCAAGGAAGUCCGCAGUUAUUCAUUGCCCCAUAUUUGUGCGAAGAACUCCUUGGAUGCAAAGGACAGAAGAAAAAGGCUCUUGUGAGCUGCGUUGUAAAGAACUACGAACUUGAGGAGGAAAAGGCUAUAAUUGAAGCUCAAUUGAUCAUAACCGUGGAUUCUUCGAAACUGAGUGCAGAUGGGACACAAUGGCCAGAUGUGUCGGACUGGGCAGUUGCUAGCUAUGUGCGAGGCAAAGGGAAGGACGUCGAUAUCAACCUAUACGAGGAAUCCACAGACCAACACGCCGUGAAAAUCUACAGUGGACCACCAACUGAUCAAUACAGAAAACUGCUUUUCCAAGUGUCGGCUUGCGAAUCCGGCAGGUCCAAAAUCUGUUCAAAGGUGAACGAAAUGUUUGAAGGUUCACUCUGUACGUUCAUUGAAGAGCACGAAGAAUUUGAAGAUUGCACGACAAAUGUUUACCACGUGGACAUACCAGUGGUUCAUUUCAGUUGGGUGAACCGCGUAGCGGAACCGUGGAAAGUGAUACUUCGCUUCCAAGAAAAGCUUACUGGGGAUAGCAACGAGUUUUACAACGUUGGAUUCCGAAACAAGGAGGAAGAGACAGCUUGUGAUUAGAAGGUAAGAUACUUUAGUAUAAGCCAUUAGGUUUUAACACCAACUUUCCUUGUGCAUCAACGCAUUCA